CUGCGUUUUAGAAAUAAUUUAUUAAUCAACACCUAAAUAUAGCGAAUUCACCUCAAAGACUCAGGGGUAAAACUAUGACAAAUACUUUCUAACCUGACAAAUAUCAUAUUUUUAAUAUGUCAUAUGGGCAAUCACGGAAGUCCAACCAAACGACAGAAAGAAAUCAACUGGCAGACAAUAUGGAACAGCAUGGGUCUGUAACAGAAGAGGCUCUCUUUUACAUCGUGGAAGGAGUGAGCUUGAUGUGCUACGUCAUCACCCUCUUCGGGAUUGCCUACCUCGCAGGUACGAUGAAGACAUGAUCAUCACAGGGCGGACGUCUUUCCUGAUCUUGUUAAACUCUUUAUAAUAUAAAUGUUGUUCGUUGAAA